GAGCACCAUCCACGCCUGGAACCUCCUCAACUUGUCCCACGGCCUCUUUGUUCCCCUCCUGAACUCCCCCUGACCACCCUGAGCUGAAACAGAGCUUCCCCUCUGCACCAGGGAGGAGAUCUGAGGUCACAGCCACCCUCCAGACAGGGAAAACAAAAAAGGGAAGAAAGUGGGGAGAGCUGACAUUUAAACGUCCCUGGAUCUGGCACUUGCUCCAUCAUGGGUUGAAAACACGCUUUGUGCGACUCCAGUUACACAAAAAGGACUGGCCUUGCACAACCCACUGCCAAGGUCUGGCACAAACACACCCUAUUGGCUGCCAAGCUCCAACUGAACUCCUGCAGGUGUUUCCACGAUGUUUCCAUGUCCCUCUUCUGCAUCCUGAGUCAUCUGCCAAGAGGUGUUGUGGGAGCAGAAGGAGGGAGCCCAGAAAGAUUGGAGAGGUCACGAGGGACUGGAAAAACCUGACAGAGCCCAGAGCUGGUUGACAGAGAGGAAGGAUGGAGGAUUCCAGACGACCCGGCUCCGGGUUUCGCGGUUCAAGCCCGAGAAGGGAGUCCCGCCUUGGAAUCAGAUAAAUUGCUCCCCAAAUUAGCAAAGCAGGCAAGGUCAGCGGGGGGAAAAAAAAAAAAAAAGAUUGGAUCUGGAGAUGAGAUGGAAGAAAACACCUCUACCCCUGCAGCUUUGUAACAGGUUCCUACGCACGAACACACCCAGCCCUGAUCACACCUUGGGUGCUGUCACUCCCCAACCCUCAAAUUACUGCAAUCAAGGGAAGGAAAAGACAACUCAGUCCCGGUAUAAAACCUUCUUGUGGUGCCCCAUCCCACACCUUUGGGGCUCUGAGGGCUCUCCUUCAACCAUGAAGGCUUUUCUGGUUGCCCUGCUGGCGGUCGUCCUGUGUGCCCAGCCAGCUUCCUCCCUGUUUUGCUACACAUGUGACAACGAGCAUUCCAACUGGAACUGCCUUAAAACCUACAAGUGUGAAGACCAUGAGAAGUACUGCACGACCACGUACAGCACUGCUGGGCUUGGCAAGGACGCGGGGCACCGGAUCACCAAGAAGUGCUCCGUGGACUGUCCCGAGACAAACGUGAACUUCGGGGUGGCAGCUUUUUCCACCAAGUGCUGCAGCACCUCCCUGUGCAACUUCAGCGGCGCCAACAGCGUCCGAACCUCCUACGCCGUGAUGCUCCUGGGAAUCGCUGCCAGUCUGGGCUGGGUCAUCAGGGCAGGAUUGUGAGGAGGGGUGGGAUGAGAUGGGACAACCCGAGAACCCACAAGGUAUCCCCCGAGUGAGAAACCAUGCUCCUCUGUCAAAUGGUUCCAACAGGGUCUGUGCUGCCUUGUUCUUAUCCCAGACAGAUCCCAUUCCCGAUGUGGCAGUGCAGCUCCCGGUUUCCCCCUCCUCGUUUUAUACUAAUUUUCCCUGGAAAAGCUCUUUUGAUAGCACAGCAUGUGACGAUGGUCAGGCAAAAAUAAAGAUUUAUGUUAUUCUA